AUGGCUGUCUUCUUGCGCGGCUUGAGCCGCGCUGAUUUGCCUUGUGGGCGGACAGGAGGUUUAGUUUCUUUCUUAGGGCCUUCUCUAAGCAACAGCAGCAGCAACAGCAGCAGCGGCGGCAUCUGCAGCAGCAGCAGAAGCAGCAGCAGCUUCAAGCAAGCUCCUUCACCGUAUGCGAGUUUGCUUGUGGCCUGCAGCUACCUGCGUUUCUGUCUACAUGCGAGGCAGAGCGGAGGGCCCCUUGGGGCCCCUCAGCCCCGCCGCAGCCCCCAAACCCUCGAGGGUCUCCGGGGCCGCACCGGUUGCUGGCAGCAGUUAACCACACCAAGCAGCAGCAGUAGCAGCAGGGGGAGCAUCCGUUGCUACAGCAGCAGCAGCAGCAGCAGCAGCAACUAUGUUGUGCGUGUGCCUCCUUUGGGGGAUUCUAUAACGGAAGGAACUGUAUUAAAGUGGCUGCAUGCAGAGGGCUCAGUGGUGCAUGCAGAAGAGGCGUUGUGUGUGCUGGAGACAGACAAAGUUGCUGUUGAUGUCGCAGCAAAAACUACAGGUAAGCUGGUGCGCAUUGCAGCACCAGCAGGCACCAAUGUCGUCGUGGGCGGAGAGCUCGCCGUGAUUGAACCUCUUGAUGCUGAUGCUGCAGCAGCAGCAGCAGCUGCUGCUGAUGCUGCUGCUGCACCCGCAGCAGCAGCAGCAGCACCUGGAGCAGCUGAAAGCGCAGCUGCUGCCUCACCCACCGUGCAGCGGCGCAGGCCCAGCAUUCUCUUUAGGAGUGUACGCAACAGACUGGAACGCCUCGGCCUCCUUCCUCAUCAGCAGCAGCAGCCUGAGCAGCAGCAGCAGCAGGGGAAACCACAAGGGGCGACAAGCAGCAGCCGCAGCCAGCAGCAGCACGGUGCUGCAGCAGCAGCAACGCCAUCAACUUCAUCAGGGCCCGGGGGUGUGACAGUCAUCAGGUACACCGGAAUGGAGCAGCUGCCGCCAUCCCUGCAGCCGCGGGCUCUGAGCCCAGAAGAAAUUAAUAUUAUAAACGACGGGGGCCUCGCCAAUGCAGACACUGCAGUGCGCGCCUGGACCGUAUCCCUCUGCUUCAACCCAGCUUCUGCUGCUGCUGCUGCUGCUGCUGCUGCGGGGGGCAGCAGCAAGCGGGCCAAGAAGGGGGCCUCCUCCUAA